GUCAACAAGAUGUACGGCCUGAUAUUGGAAAACAUGUCCGAGUACAUCAGGCAGGUGUACGGGGAGGACAGGUGGGAAGAGAUCAGGCGGCAGGCGGCCGUCGAGCAGCCGAGUUUCAGCGUGCAUCAGGUCUACCCGGAGAAUCUGAUACCGAGGCUGGCCAACAAGGCUAUACAGGUCCUCGGCAUCACGGAGCACGAGUUCUUCGACCAAAUGGGAGUGCACUUUGUGAGCUUCGUCGGCCAGUACGGCUACGAUCGGGUACUCUCGGUCUUGGGCAGGCACGUGCGCGACUUUCUCAAUGGCCUCGACAACCUCCACGAGUAUCUGAAAUUCUCCUACCCACGCAUGCGAGCGCCAUCGUUCAUCUGCGAGAACGAAACCAGACACGGUCUGACACUGCAUUAUCGCAGCAAGAGACGGGGCUUCGUCUACUACACCAUGGGCCAGAUACGCGAAGUCGCCCGUCACUUUUACCACAAGGAGCUGCAAAUCGAGCUGAUGCACGAAGAGAUCCUCUUCGACACGGUCCACGUGACCUUUCAGCUGACCUUCGACAAUCGAGCCUUCACCCUCGCAUCCUUGACGAUGACGCGCGAGGAGAAGCACCUGCCCAUCGGAGCCUCUGUUCUCUUUGAGAUAUUUCCCUUUUGCAUCGUUUUCGGUGCGGAUAUGGUCGUCAGAAGUAUCGGCAACUCAUUGAUGGUCAUACUACCUGAUCUCAUCGGCAAGAAAAUAACUCAUAGGUUCGAUCUGGUCCGACCCCUCAUUGCUUUCAAAUUCCAAACGAUUCUCAACCGAACCAACAACAUAUUCGAACUGGUGUCGGUGGAGCCCGUAUUGGCCGAGAGACCGAGCGACAGGCGAAAGCAGCAGCUGUUCCUGCUUAACGAAAUCGACUCGCAGGAGGAUCGCGUCCUCCGCCUCAAAGGUCAAAUGAUUUACAUGGACAAUUGGCGAAUGAUGAUGUAUCUCGGGACACCAGUCAUGCCGGACCUCAACGCGCUCAUAGCAGCUGGCCUCUACAUCAACGACCUGUCUCUGCACGAUUUCAGCAGAGAUUUAAUGCUCGCUGGUACUCAACAAUCGGUCGAGCUGAAAUUGGCCUUGGAUCAAGAGCAGUUGAAAAGUAAGAAGCUCGAAGAGUCCAUGAGGAAGCUCGACGAAGAGAUGAAACGCACCGACGAGUUGCUCUACCAAAUGAUACCAAAACAAGUUGCCGAUCGACUGCGAAACGGAGAAAAUCCGAUCGACACUUGCCAAAUGUUCGACAGCGUGUCGAUUUUGUUCUCGGACAUCGUGACUUUCACGGAGAUCUGCAGCCGCAUCACGCCCAUGGAAGUCGUGUCGAUGCUCAACGGCAUGUACUCGCUCUUUGACACGUUGACCGAGCGCAAUCGCGUCUACAAGGUCGAGACGAUAGGGGACGCUUAUAUGGUGGUUUCGGGCGCUCCGGUCAAGCAGAACGACCACGCGGAUCGGGUCUGCGACAUGGCCCUGGACAUGCUCGAGGCCAUAACCGAUCUGACGGACCGCUCGACCGGACAGCACCUGCAGAUCCGCAUCGGCAUCCACAGCGGGGCCGUCGUCGCGGGUAUAGUCGGCCUCAAGAUGCCCAGGUACUGCCUGUUCGGCGACUCGGUGAACGUCGCCUCGCGCAUGGAGGCCACCAGCGAGGCCAUGCAGAUCCACAUCUCCCAGUCGACCAAAGAGCUACUGUCGCCGAGCUACAGGGUCAACGAGCGCGGCGAGAUACAAGUCAAAGGAAAGGGCUCGAUGAAGACCUAUUGGCUGGAGAAGCGCGAGAUGCGCUCGCAAUCGACCAAGAACAUCUCGAUCCAAGAGCCCCCUCAGUGGCACGCGGCAGCCAGCAGCCGUCAGAAUUCCCUUAGCCAAUCGUCGACGGCCCUGGCCAAUCCGAGCGAUCCGAGCAGCCUCGAGAGGCUGUCCUCGAGGACUCCCAUGUCGCCGCAGCUCGCGCAAGUAGCGGCUCAGCGCCAUCGUCAUCGCCAUCAUCAUCGUCGUCAUCAUCAGGAACGUCACGAGCGUCAUCAACGCCACGAGAGGACGGCCGAGGUCUCCGGCGAGGAGACUCGCAGGAUUUAUUCGCCGAUAACGUUUCAAGACGUAGCGAGAAAAUCAGCCGCCAAUUCCCCGGCCAAUUCGCCCACGAAAUAUUCGCAAGCGGAAAAACAGCUGCGCUCCAACUCGCUGGGUGCCGUGCCCGUGGCAAGCUUCCAAACGAAAACGGCCGAGCUGUUUGGAUCUCUGAUUUCCGACACGGAGCAGCACUUGCGGCUGAUGCAUCGCGGCAGCAUCUCGUCGGCCAGCUGCGUACAGACCAUCGACCCGCUCGACAUGCCGCUCGUCUGCCCGGGCAAUCUGGCCGCCGGCAAAAGGCAGUUUGGCAGGAAAAUGCUCACGCCGGCCGAGCGCGACACCACACCCAGCUGCAGCGAGAGCAGCAGCAGCAGCAGUAGUAGCAGUGGAUCGUCGUCGGCGAGCAACGUGGCCGACUGCAGCAGCCACGACGAGGCGGCUUCGGUGCUCAACGAGACGAGCUCCGACAGUGCCACCAGACGACUGAGAUAUACCGAGCACUGCUGUCCGGGUUUCGUCGUGCCGAGGCCGGGUGGCAGGCCUACUAGUGCUCGCGAAGCACACUGUGCUAUUGUUUAACUUUCGUCGACACUACUUUUUAUUUCUUAUGUGACCAACUAGAUACAAGCGAAUCCAGCAAUUGAUCUAACAUAUCUUUUCUAUUAUCAAAAAAGUAUAAUAAAGAUUAUCGGCCCUCAGGAUCCAUUGAAAACGACAUACUACGACCUACUUUUCUAAGAGAGCCUAGCUGUA